AUGUUCUUACAUCAGAUGCGUCAACUUGGGUUUGACGAUACGAUUCUGGCGCCUUCAUCUUCUGAGUCUACUCGACUUCACAGAGCGUUUCUGAGAUAUGACAUCUACUGCAGCGUAUUUGCGCCAAAUGAGUUUGGACCAUUGGAGAACCCUUAUCAAUUUUCCGGCGUUGAACAAUUCGAUCUAUUCUUGAGGCGACUGAGGCCAUGGGAGGUUGAGGAAAUGGCCUGUGUCCAGGUGUAUUUUGCCCUUCUCACAGGGGACUGUAUUAGUCAACUUGAGGAGCAGCUCAUUGAUGCUGUCCAGAGCACCCCUGGGAUUGUAUGGCCAUCGUCUCCAGACUCAAAACCCGGGGAAGGGACCGACGAAAACGGAGAGAAACAGAUACUGAGCAAGGGAGAUGACAUGAGGGAAUUCAAGAAUUUGGAUAUAACCAAUCUGAUGUUAUUCUCCAAAGACGGCAUAUACAGUUCCCCGGAUAGUAUCACCCACAUGACCUCUCUGGGCCUUGAGUUUAUGUAUCUGCUCUGUAAAUCAGAGGACCGGAGAUCUGACUUGAUUCGUUCGAACCCUCCGGACUACCGCGAGUUCCUGCCGGAAGCCCUCAGUCAUUCGCCGGCAUGCACACCAGAGGAUCAAAAUCAAGUCAUCUCUAUCGAGAAAACAGAUUCACUGGAUGAUCCAUCGCGCGAGAACCUCGGUUAUGUCUUAUUUGGAAAUAGUCACAACAUGAGAACGGUAUACUAA